CUUGGUUCAUGUGCUACCGAUGCGUGUCCCGCGCGGUCAGUGGAGUCAACCGGUUGCGUGGCUUCCCAACCUCAGCCUUGGGCCGGGGCAUGUGGCUUUGGGGAAGGAUCCGGAGAAUGCCACCUUUGUGGGCCAAGAAGAACUCUUACAGGCUGACAUGGCCUUGCGCGUGCGAGCUCUCAGCCGUGGGCUGGCCAAGUGGCGUGGCUAUGCGUCGCGGAGCCAUCUGGUGAGGCGUUCGGUGGCCUCCUUUCACCGACGGCGUGCCCGUGCGAUCUCGAGAGCGUUGAACUGCUGGUGGCUCUUUUGCGAGGCUCGGAGGCAGAAGGAGUGGCUCCGCAUCGCCAAGUGCAAGUUGGCACAGAAAGUACGAUGCUUUAAGCGCUGGCACCGCUAUGUGGCCUCAACCCGAUGGAGGCGCCCGGAGCGGCGGGCGGAAGAUGUGAGGUGUUGGCACCUCAGCGGAGCUCAGCAGGUCCUCCAAGCCUGGCGAAGCUAUGCGCAGAGGAGCGCGCGCGACCGCCAUGCCCUGCGCCGCUCGCUGGAAGCGCAGGUGGCUGAGGCCAGCGCCUGCUUGCAGGGCUGGCACGAGGUGGCCUUGGGCGAGCGAGACCUCCGUCGACAGAAGGAGGUGGCCGCCUGCCUGCGACUCCGACAGCUUCGGAGGAGGCAAGCGGUCCAUUGGCUGUGCGCACGGCAGGACUUGGGGCGGCGUUUGGGGAGCCACGAGCGGAAGAGCCAAGUGCGAGUAUUCCAGAUCUGGCGCGCGCAGACGCGGCGUGCGCGGCCCUUCCGACGGCGCCUGGCGUGGCUGGUGGAGGCCCUAGUGCGCCGGCAGAUGCUUCGGGCCUGGUGCCACGUGGCAGGCCUGGGCCGCCGGCGUCGCCUGGUGCGGUGCUUCUGCGGCGACCGCCUCGCCGAGCGCGCGCUGCGACGGGCCUUCGAGGGCUGGCGCCGCACGCGGGACUUCUGGCUGGGAUGCUAUGCCUCAAUCUCCUACGAAGAGGAGUUGAGCAGUGCCCAGCUGGUCGCCCGAGUGCUGCGCGCCUGGUGGCAUGCCGCGGUGGGGCGUCCCGCUGCGUGCGCGGAGGCGGCGCGAGGCGUGGUCCUGGAGGCGCAGCGGCAUUGGAUCCGACGAUGGCAUCACUGUGUGGUGCAACGGGACCAGCUGGCAGAGAUCUUGUGCAAACACAUGACAAGGUGUGCUGCACUCGCUCUGCUUGGAUGGUCGCUCUAUGCGGCAGAUCAGCUGCUGUUGCGGAAACGCGCCGAGGAGCUGCAGCGGCGCCGGCUCGUGCGGGCGGCGCGGGGUGGUUUGCGCCGCUGGGCGCAGCGUGGGGCGAGGCCGGGCCUUGCCGCGCUGCUGGAGCUGCGCGUGGCCAUGGUGCCGCGCGUGGGACUGGUGUCGCGGGUCUUCGAUGCCUGGACGGGCGCGAUGCACCAUGCGGCGGCCAACCAGGCGGCACACCUGGCGGUGCAUGUGGCGCUGCUGGGCCAGCUGACGCGGCGCGCGUGGACGGCGUGGUGCUUGGGGCGCCGGAAGUUGGAGGCCUUGCGACGCUCUGCAGCAGAGGUCCGGCGGAGGAGGGCCCAGCGCCUGCUGCCGCCCUGGCGCCGCUUGGCCGCGGCCGUGCGGCACGGCUGGGCGCGGAGCCGCGCGUCGCACCGGGCGGCGGUGAGUCUGGCGCUGCAGGACGGAGAUGCUGCUUCGAGGAUGGUGACGUUCUACCGCCAGCACUUGUUGGCAGCAAUGCUGAGCUGCUGGCAGCAGGAUGCGGUGCGAGGGAGCGAGAAAAAGCGCCAUGCAGGGCCACAGAUGGCAACCUGGAAGCGCGCGGUCGCGGAGUUCGCGGUCUUUGGCCGGCGACGGCGCUUCUUUCAGCUUUGGCGCGAAGCGCGCCGGUGCCGUGCGCUGGAUGCGGGAGUCUGGCAGAGAGCAGGCCGCUCCCGCCGCGGCGCGCCGUGGCGCCUUUGGAUGGCCUGGCGCUGCUUUGCGCGCGGCCGGCGGCGCACGGCCGAGCAGGGCCGGCAGGUGCAAUCUCUGCGCGGCGGCACCUGGCUGCUGCAGCGGCACCUGGCGCGCUGGCGAAUGGCCGCGGCGGGCCGCUGGCAGUGCCAGCGGCGCCGAGAGCGAAGGACGCGGCUCCUGCUGCACGCGUGGCGCCGCUGGGUGACCUCCGCGAGGCAGCUGGAGGGGAUGCUUUCGCACCGCGUGGUGCUGCAAGAGGGAAGACUCUUGCAGCGAACCCUGCAGCGGUGGCAGUGGGAGGUCCGUAGCCGCGUCGUGGCUCGAGGCAUCCAAGCGAAGCGGCGGCACCUGUGGAAGAUCUCCUUGCUGUCUGCGUGGCGCGAGGAGUGCCAGCGGCUUCAGCUGCUCCGAGCUGCUUCGGCACGGCAAAGUCGUGUGGACCUGUUGGCUUCGGCACCGGCAGCAGGAGCGUCACGGCCGUGCCUUGCGCGUGUUGGGGCCCUUCAUGGCAGCCUGGCGUGGCCACGGCCAUGCGCGCGAGGGGCUGCGGCGCAGGGCUGCGGAGCAUUUGCUCCAGGCUCUUGCCAAGACCAGAGAGCAGCUGCGAGAUUUGGCCUUUGUCCUCUGGGCCCAGCGCACAGCGCGUGCCGCCGAGCAGCGGGGUCAGCUUUGGCACCUGGAGGCGCAGCGAAGUGCAGGCGUGCUGAAGCAUUGCUUGAGAUGUUGGCUUCAUGUGUUGAGAGCUCACCAGGGCGAGCGGCGUCGGGCCAAGGAUGCCUUGCUGGCCUGCGCCCGUGGAUGGCGCACCCUGACCGAGCAUGGCCUGCACUCCAGGCGAUCGGAGCGCGCUGUGGUGGCUUGGCGGUUUCUCCUACUGGAUUUGCUGGAGUAUGCUCGCCCGGCCCGUGCGUAGCAACUGAUGCUCUCUAUUUUGCAGCUCGACUGACUCGGAUUCAUAUAGUUGUAGUUGCAGCAUGCGAACACCGAAACAGCCCAGCGAACCAAGCAUGUCGAAGGUCGGGCCAGAACCAACCUGAGCGGCGACGAAAAAGCCCGCCGCCGAAUCGACUGGCCCCACUCGAUCGCUGUGUGCGGUCGGCAUCCGGCCUGUCUUGAAUUGGUUUCGCUGCCCAAAACGUGGGCGGUCUGCACCCUUGGGCAGGAGGGCAGCGGCCAGUGAGGUCAAUGUGGGUCAAGAGCUUGGCA